AUGGUACUGCAUUUCUCCCAGCUGCCGCAUCAUAGGACUUAUGUUCUUCACUGGUACCGCUACACGCUUCGGAACAUUCCUCGAAAUGUUCAUUCUGAACAUCUUCAACUGAGAAUCAAAAGUGUAACAAGAACUACUGUGCUGAAGCAUAGAAGCGAUAAAUCUAGCUGGAGUAUCUACAAACUGCUGCGCGAUCUGAAGAAGCUCAACACCCUGCUUUUGAAAUCGAAAACCGAGAAAGUUUGGGAGCUAUUGACUCUGUACUCGCGCAAAACGUCUGGAAAAGGUAAAAAGUCAUCGCUUCCCAUAUGUGCACCGCCAAAGGCACCCGAACAAGAUCCCGAGACGGUACGAAAUGCCAAAUUGUUGCACGACUAUAUCACUGAGAAGCAGCGACGCUCUUUGCUGCCUAAUAAUCUCGCCGAUGAGUUUAAGUUAAAACUUGUUCUACCCUUGGCUUUGCAUGAGCACAACCUCCAAAAAUUGCAUAGAAUAGAAUACAAACUAGCUUCAGGGCCACCCAAAGUAUCGCUCAAUUACACUUCGGCCGGCAAGGCACGGAUUUGGUUCGUUAGGUCUGCAGUCAACAAAGGAAAGCGACAGUCAAGAGGCUUGGGUCGCAUUAUCCGUCUCGAAAAGAAAAAGGGCCAGAACAAUCUCGAUUAUUGGAAUAGCAUUCAUGAGAACAGUCGAUGGGCCUGGCACGAGGCUGUCUGGGAGCAUUUGAUAGAAACUAAUUCUGUGAUACAAGGGAGUCCUGAGAAGUUUUUGAGCUCCACGGCCAAGCCCAUCAACAAAACCGGCCAUGUCGCUAAUGUCGACGAAAAUCGAGUUAUCUGCGAAUGGUUGAAUCCUUUGAAGGAGUCUCUGGAAUUUUUGAGCGUCCAAAGCGAGCGACAGGCCAAAUAUUUCGAAGAAUAUAAGCGCAAGGCGACAUUUCGCAGCCAGUGCCAAUAUUUUGCCCAAAAGACGGACUUGAUGUAUCAAAAUCGGAAGAGAAGGUACACAAAGAUGCUGAAUGAUGAUUUGCCUUUUGUAACGCCCUUUUUCAGGACGCGAAACCUUCCUGCAGUUCUGAAGGCGCACAAAUUUUGA